UCGGACGCCACUGCCUUCCCCCCAUACACCUCCGAGCUGGAGCCCGAGGACACCACCCACCUGCACCGGCUGGACGCUGGGGACGGCUCGCUGGGGCCCGGAGCUAUCGGUGCCAUUGUCAUCGCUUCCCUCCUGGGUACAUCAGUGCUUAUAGCCUUGGUCGUCAUCACGCUGAGAAAGUUCUCUGCCUCCUGA